AUGGAUGUGAGAUGCCAGUUGUGGGCAGUCGCCUGCUGUGUGAUGCAGCUCUCCGGUCAGACCCGUUGGCCUACAGUACAUCACAGGGCUGCCUCGCUCUACUUUCCACUUUGCACUUUGGUACCUGUGGUUUGAAGCUGUCUAGCUUUGUUUAGUUUUCUUGUUUGUGUCGCGCUGACCCUGAAGAUGUUCUCAGGAAGUGUGUGUGUGUGUGCCUCCUGUUUGCUGUGCUUCCUCCUGGCCUCUUAUGAAUAUAGCCUCCAUCUCUGCUCAGCUCAAGACUUCCUACCACGUGGCUGCUCUGUGUGGCCGCUGGGGAAACUGAAAUAGCCGUGGCUCAUGUUUUGAGUUCAGCUCUGUCCACUGUCCUGUCCGUCCUCCAGAGUUGAUAAAGCAGCAGAGCUCUAGGCCAGCCAGGCUGCAGCCCGGUAAUGACCCACUCACCCCUGGCCAACCCCCUGUCACCUCAGACACCACUUUCCUACAAGUCAUUGUCUUUCUUUGAGAAACAGGCCCUCGAAGUGAAGCGGGAAGAGAUAGAGAGGAGGUUAAGAUGGAACGGGAAGAUAGAGAGGGAAGGAGCAAAAGAGAGGAGCGUACACAACACACAACACAUCUGUUGCCGUGUUUUUGUCCUGACCACAAAGUCUUGGCAAUCACUUUGCUUUUAGACUGUGUCAGCACUUCACUGGCAUCGGUUGGAUGCACUUUGUUUUGGAAAUGUGUUUUGUGCUCAUGCAGCGUGCAGUAAUACUGUUACUACUUUGAGUAGGCCCGUCUGAACGGGAUGCUGUCCUUCAUAACAAAUACCAUGUUGCCUUGCAACCGUUUCCACGGUGCAUGAUUCACCUACCUAGUCAGCCACUCUUGUUGGAUAAUAGAACUUCAUGUGUUUGGUCAACAAAGUAUCCUCAAAGGCUUGAAUUCAGACAAAGUCGGAUGCUCUUGUGUGUAGUAUUAUUCUCAGUCAUCAGAACCCCACCAGGUAAACUUGGGUUAAAUCUACUGCGACAGAGAGAAUGUGGUGUUGGAGAGAUUCCACUCCAGGGAUGCUCUUCAUUCCUGUCGGAGGAGUUGGGAAAGUAUUUUCCCAUCAAGUUGUCCUUUUUCCAGUUCCAGACUUCCUUCUCUUUCACCCAGUUCAGUCUUGCAUCACAUUUGUUAAUGCUCAGAAGGGAGGAGACAUCUACAUUUUAUUACCGGUACAGGGGAACUCAAGAAUGCUUUGAUAUUUGUUUGUUUGGCUAUGUCAUUUUGGAACUGAUCAACUUAGGAAAUCUAACUAUGAAACCAGUAUUUUUUUCUAGGAAUUUUAGGUGUGUAGAGCUGGGGAUGUCAUGUACCAUUUCAUACCAUGUCAUAGGCCUAUAUUAACUCCAUUCCUCAUUUUUCAACUGUAGCAACACUAGUAAAGGUUGCAUCAGAUUUCUUUCAAGGGGUGUCUCCUUGUAAAACCUGCCCAGUGUGUGUGUCUCUGACUGACUGUCUUGAGUUUCAGCCCCAGUGCCCGCAGCAUAGCUGUUUGUUUGUCCCCUGUGCAGUUAUUACAACGGCAUACAGUACAUUUUCACAGUAUUAGAAUACACCCCUGACCACACACUAGGCUUCAAUUCGGUGGGACUGGUCCCCAUGCUUUACUGUGCCGAUUCUUAGCAGGUCAAGCUGCAGAUCUAGUGUCGCUAUCUGAAAGGGUGGAGGGUGGACUAGGGGGGAGCCAUGCCGCACAGUGCCACAUGAUGCGGAGGGCUCAAUGUGCAAAAGGACAAAGAUCCCAGAGUCGGUUAGCCAAUGAGUUCCAUUGUCACUUGACUGUGGUCUAAUUUGAGACCAGGGACUGUCCUUGCCAUGACUCAGCUUGUGUGUGUGUGUGUGUGUGUGUGUGUGUGUACGUGUCUGUACACCAUGCAUAUAUAUAGGCUAUGUGGGUGUGUACGUGUAGUCGUGUACGUUUACACCAUGCGUAUGUGUGUUUAUUCUUGCAACUGUAUGUUUCUAGACCAGCCAUGCACCUGUUGCACUGCAGUGAACAUAUUUUGCUUGAUCUCUCCAAACAGUCUGCUGGUACUGUGUGUGUCAGUCACAGCUGGCGGCAGGCAGGGCCUCCCUGGAGCUGCUACCUGGAGUGGUGCCUAGAAUCACUGCUCUGCUCCCUCUCAGUCACUCUGUGUGUGUGUGUGUGUGUGUGUGUGUGUGUGUGUGUGUGUGUGUGUGUGUGUGUGUCUGUGUCUGUCUGUCUGUCUGUUAGGCACUCACACAGCAGGAAUGACUACACAUGUUCAAGGCAUGCUUGGAUGCACUUCUUCUUACUAUAGAAUGAUUCUUCUUACUAUAGAAUGAUUCUUCUUACUAUAGAAUGAUUCUUCUUACUAUAGACCGCUACUGGUCCUGGGACUUCUUUUUUUUGUCUCUUUUAUGCAAGUCAUCCUCCUCCCUGUCCUCUGGUUAAUAUAAUAUACAGUGCCAUUAGGCAGGUGCUUUUAUCCAAAGCGACUUAGUCAAGCGUGCGUACGUUUUACCUAUGGAUGGUCCCGGAAAUCGAACCCACUACCCUCCGUCCUCAUCUACUCUGCUUUUUCUUCAAUUUUCCCUCUCUCCUUCUCUCUCCUCAUUCCACCUCUCUCCACCCAUAUGACUGGUGCUGAUAUUAGUGUCUCAGGUCUUGUCAGUCAACUCUUACUCAGUCUGUUUUUCCCUAUUCAGACUCCCUAGUAAGUCUAGCUACUUGAGAAUAAGCUAAUAUUUACAGAGAGAAAAUGCUUCAAAACAUGAUUGCCUUCCAGUCAGUCACUGGCAUGCGAAGAGGGAUAAGAUAUCUCCUUUGGUGUUUGAUAGUAGUCUGUCUGGCUGUUAUUCAGCCCACUAAAGGCACUGGGCACGUGGAGGGGAGGGAGAAAUAAACUGUGGACCCAAUGAAGUGUCUUUGAACCCAGUCCAGAGCCUCUCCUCAGACCUCCGGAUAGUGUGAGCAUAACAGCUUUGCAGAAGAUGACCAUUGAUAUAAUUGAAACAAAACAAGACCCCCUUCAUCCUCCUACACACACACACACACACACGUCUGCUUCCAUUCCCCAUUUUAUCGUAUCUCAGCACAUCUCCCUAGGUAUGUGGUCCGAAAGCCGUUUAUCUCCUUUCCGACAGUGAUUAAUGACAUAUACUUUGAAUAUUUUUGGAUGUGUUCACAGUUAUCUGCAACUGUCCUUGGAUCCUGUCUGGGCCCUAGCCCAGUAUGUAUGACACUCCCCCACAAUGCAGCUUUUCCAGAUUUCCUGCUGUCUAUUGUGUCUAUUGGAGGAUGGUGGCAUCCUGGUUCAAGCCCCCGGGCUAACCAAGCACAGCUCCCUCUCUCUCUUCCUCUCUCUCUCUCUUUUGCUCGCUCUCUUCCUCUCUGUCUCAUCCUGUCUUACGCCACUCACCCACCUUCUCUUUUCAUUUUAUUUUCUCUCCCUCCAUCCAUCUAUCCAUCCUCUCUUCCCCCCUGCUCCUCUCUCCUCUCCGUCAGUCCAAUGUUCUCCCAGUGAAACACCUGAGGAGCAGUCUAAAUACUGUCCCACAGCCAGGCCAGCCUCCAGCACAAACACACAAUAUUUACUCACUCUGGCUGGCUGCCUGCCUCUCACAUGCUGCUCUCGACACUCCAUCAUCCUCAUCAUUUCUCUGUUUUUCUCCUAGGCCUGUAUGCUUUUUAUCCUCACACAUCUCUCUAUUUUCUAGCCCUUUGCACUCCUCUUCUUUCAAUCUUCCCAUCCUCCCUUCUCUCCCUCUCCUCUCUCCAUCCCUUGCGUCCCCUCUUCCUUCUCUUGCUCACCAGUACUUCAUGUUCCCAUUAGAUUGCAUAUAUAUUCUGGUGUGUGGUUUCUAAUGUUUAUAAAUCAGGUUGAGAUGGUUCAGGAAUAGAGGAAAAGUUAAAACAACAUGAGCCCUAACUGAUAGGUUUUAUCCCAGAAAAAGGAAGAAGUGGUGCAUUCUUUUAUGACAUGGGGUUUUAUGUCAAUUAGUCAUUAUUAUCUUGUUUAUUUUUUAAUGAUAACAUGGGAUUUCCUGCUUGAACAACCAGAGUUGGCCUAAAUAUGCACGAUUACAUUCUUCAUGUUAAUCCCAGUGUUAUCCAAUACAAUCCGACUUUUGUCAUGUUGAGCCUAUCCUAAACUUUUGCUUAUCGAACUGAGCACAUAGCAGCCUACUGUUUCACAGUAAAAGUCAGCACUUUUGGUUUCAGUGCCUUUUCUCAUCAUUUUCUUUGUGCCUAGAACAAGGCUGAUAUCAAACGGUCAUGGUUGGUGGGCACCUCUGACGAGCAGUGAGGAACGUGAACCAGUGCCAUUUCCCUCUCUGUAAUGAGAGGAUGCAGUAGUGGUACUAAUGCACUGAAACAGGACAUCCUGUGCAUCCUCUCCACAAUGGCGUCAAUGGCCCCCUAACUAACGUAAUACCUCUCCAGUCACACUGAAGAGUUACCAGCAGCGGAUCUCCUGGGGACACGGGCUAGAAUAAGGGCUCCGCUCUCAACACAACAACACUGGCUUCCAGUAACCACUCUGGAAAGGCCACAGGGUGUCCUGUACUCUGCCUGUUCCAUUUAAUCUGUACCCUGAGGGGAGAGUAUCUCUGAAGCUGGAGACACUUAUCUCCCUCACUAACUUUAAGCAUCAGUUGUCAGAGCACCUUACCGAUCACUGCACCUGUACACAGCCCAUCUGAAAUUAGCCCGCCCAACUACCUCAUCCCUAUAUUGUUAUUUAUUUUGCUCAUUUGUACCCCAGUAUCUCUAUUUGCACAUAAUCUCUUGCACAUCUAUCAUUCCAGUGUUAAUACUAAUUAUAAUUAUUUUGCACUAUAGCCAAUUUAUUGCCUUACCUCCAUAACUUGCUACAUUUGCACACACUGUAUAUAUAUUUAUUUCUGUUGUAUUUUUGACUUUGUUUUGUUUUACCCCAUAUGUAACUCUGUGUUGUUGUUUUUAUCGCACUGCUUUGCUUUAUCUUGGCCAGGUCGCAGUUGUAAAUGAGAACUUGUUCUCAACUGGUUUACCUGGUUAAAUAAAGGUGAAAUAAAAUAAAUAAAUAAAAAAGUGUGUUCCUGAUUAGUUCCAGUACAGGUGCUCAUGUAUAAUGGUGUGUUAUACUUUGUGUGUUUUUUUCAGUUCUGCCAGCCAGGAGGAUGGAGGGUGUCCCGAGAGAGGAAAGCUCCCACCUUCUUCACGGUGGUGUUGACGGACAUCGACUCAGACAGACACUACUGCUCCUGCCUCACCUUCUAUGAGGCAGAGGUCAACCUGCAGGUGAGAUGGCUUGUUGUACUCCUCAACCCCAACCCCCCUACAUGCAUAUUUUAGUGUUAUAGCCAAAGCCACUUACAAGGGCAUUAUGUAAAAUAUUAUAUAAAAUCUAAUGUAUAUCUGUAACAGCGUACCCAUAAUUGCCCUAUUCAAAGCAAUCAGUUAUACGUAUGUUUUGACAUUUGGUGGUUUUUCAUGCCUGUAAACACUUACACACUUGCUGAAUACGACUACAUGUCCUGCAGUUCCUGGGUUUAGGAUCUCGGUCAUAAGGGCAACAUACACUACCAGUCAAAAGGUUUAGAACACCUACUCAUUCAAGGGUUUUUCUUUAGUUUUUACUAGUUUCUACAUUGUAGAAUAAUAGUGAAGACAUCAAAACUAUGAAAUAACACAUAUGGAAUCAUGUAGUAACCUAAAAAGUGUUAAACAAAUCAAAACAUAUUUGAGAUUCUACAAAUAGCCACCUUGACGACAGCUUUGCACACUCUUGGCAUUCUCUCAACCAGCUUCAUGAGGUAGUCACCUUGAAUGCAUUUCAAUUAACAGGUGUGCCUUCUUAAAAGUUCAUUUGUGGAAUUUCUUUCCUCUUUAAUGUGUUUGAGCCAAUCAGUUGUGUUGUGACAAGGUAAGGGGGGUAUACAGAAGAUAGCCCUAUUUGGUAAAAGACCAAGUCCAUAUUAUGUCAAGAACAGAUCAAACAAGCAAAGAGAAAUGACAGUCCAUCAUUACUUUAAGACAUAAAGGUCAGUCAAUACGGAACAUUUCAAGAACUUGGAAAGUUUCUUCAAGUGCAGUCACAAAAUCCAUCAAGCGCUAUGAUGAAACUGGCUCUCAUGAGGACCGCCACAGGAAUGGAAGACCCAGAAUUACCUCUGCUGCAGAGGACAAGUUCAUUAGAGUUACCAGCCUCAGAAAUUGCAGCCCAAAUAAAUGCUUCACAGAGUUCAAGUCACAGACACAUCUCAACAUCAACUGUUCAGAGUAGACUGUGUGAAUCAGGCCUUCAUGGUCGAAUUGCUGCAAAGAAACCACUACUAAAGGACACCAACAAGAAGAAGAGACUUGCUUGGGCCAAGAAACACGAGCAAUGGACAUUAGACCGGUGGAAAUGUGUCCUUUGGUCUGGAGUCCAAAUAGGAGAUUUUUGGUUCCAACCUCUGUCUCUUUGUGAGACACGGUGUGGGUGAACAGAUGAUCUCCGCAUGUGUAUUUCCCACCGUAAAGCAUGGAGGAGGUGGUGUUAUGGUGUGGGGGUGCUUUGCUGGUGACACUGUCUGUGAUUUAUUUAGAAUUCAAGGCACACUUAACCAGCAUUGCUACCACAGUAGAUACACCAUCCCAUCUGAUUUGGGCUUAGUGGGACUAUCAUUUGUUUUUCAACAGGACAAUGACCCAACACACCUCCAAGCUGUGUAAGGGCUAUUUGACCAAAGGAGAGUGAUGGAGUGCUGCAUCAGAUGACCUGGCCUCAACAAUCCCCCGACCUUAACCAAAUUGAGAUGGUUUGGGAUGUGUCGGGCCGCAGAGUGAAGGAUUAGCAGCAUAUGUGGGAACUCCUUCAAGACUGUUGGAAAAGCAUUCCAGGUGAAACUGGUUGAGAGAAUGCCAAGAGUGUGCAAAGCUGCCGUCAAGGCAAAGGAUGGCUACUUUGAAGAAUCUCAAAUAUAAAAUAUAUUUUGAUUUGUGUGUUAUUUCAUAGUUUUGAUGUCUUCAGUAUUAUUCUACAAUGUAGAAAAUAGUAAAAAAUAAAGAAACACCCUUGAAUGAGUAGGUGUUCUAAAACUUUUGACCGGUAGUGUAGGUGAACCACGGUAUAGUAGAUAGUGCCUACUGCCUCUGCAUCUCUUGAUAAGCAUCACAGGGUUAUGUCCGUUCAUUUCUGUAUCAUUUCCAGCUUCUCUCUCUCCCUUGAUGAAUACUUGAUUCCGAGCAUCCAGCGGGGGUUGUUUCUACCUCCUUUUUGUUUUUCAUUGUGUUGUAAUUGUUUUGUUUUUGUCAUGUUUUCUUUCAUGGCACAUUUUUGUACUAUUAGGAAUUUGUGUCACGGCAUGAUGUGUUCCAGAACCCACUAUAGUGGAAAAAAAAGCAGCACUCUGGAUGAAUUGAGAUGAAGUGAACGACACUUCACAUACUGUAGGGUUUUGGUGUGAUGGGAGAACAUACCUAUCCAAUGAGCUGACAUCUCAUCCCCUCUAGCACUGGCUCUUGGAUGUACCCAUCCUCACAUGAAUUCAGUUCUAUCUUUUGAUGUUUUUUCUUCCACACAAGUUCACAAACCCUUGAAAUAAACUGAAGCAAUGACCACAAUCCUCUCAAGGUUUACCCUGAUACAUUACACAGAAUGCCUGGCUGGAUGUCUCAUUGUGUUUAAGAAUAUGACUCCUUACAAUGGCCUGAAGUGCUGCAUUUUGUCCCCUGCCUCUAUUAAACACAUGACAACCAUGGCCAUUAGUCAUAUUCAUUCAAGUCAAUGACCUUUAGUUCAUUGAAAUCUGACAUUCCUUGAAAGGCCCAUUCAAUCAGGUGGAAUUCUUCUGACCAUUAGUCAUGUUAAUUCAAGAAGUCUUAUGACAAAAUCAGAAAUCUGAUUUUCCAUGUGUGUUUCAAACAAAGCCUUGGCCUGAGACAAGGUAUGAACCACCACAUCCGUUAUCAAAUAAGCGUCAUAACGGCUAGGUUAGCUGCGACUGGGUCUCUCUAGCCUGGCCUGGUCUGUGCCUGGGCUGGAAGGUUACGUAACCGGCCCUGCUGUAGACUAAUUCCCCUGUCAGGCGCUGUUUGGUGAUGUCCUGCAGCUGUCCUCUCUGGGCCGACUGGACCCUCUCCUCCGUGACCAGACGUAUUUAUUUUCUGUCCUCCUCACAUGCCAGUCGGUCUGCUGAGGGAGAGGAGGCGAAGGCCACCCGUAACUAUCAGUGCAGUGUCAUCGCAGACAUUAGUACAGGAUCAUUAGAGGUCUUGAUUACAGGGCUUAAUGUGGCCGGUCACCUCACUGCCUCUUCGUCAUGGCCCCACCUCUCUGUUUUGGUUUGAUUUCUUUCCAGGAACUGUUCCCAGAUCCCUUUGUGCACUUGGUAAUGGCUCAGAUAAGGAUAAGAGUUUGGAUCACACCCACUGGACAGAUGAGGGGAUGGUUUCUCACUGUGUACAACUGUGUAGGUGACUGUUGCGGUAUUUUAUGGUUUAGGGACCAGCUUGAUACAGUAUACCGUCCACUGCAAAAGUUUGCUUUUCUCAAUAUUCUCCUCAGACUGUCACGUUUACACUGUUAACAAGGUUAGCAAGAUGCUAAAGUAGUUUGAGGUAGUGUUGCACGGUAUACCGGUACCACGGUAAUAUCACGGUACCAAAACGUCAUUUUUUUACAUUUUACAUUUUACGUCAUUUAGCAGACGCUCUUAUCCAGAGCGACUUACAUUAUAUAUAUCUUUUUUUUCAUACCCCCUGUGGGAAUCGAACCCACAACCCUGGCGUUGCAAACACCAUGCUCUAUCAACUGAGCUACAUCCCUGCCGGCCAUUCCCUCCCCUACCCUGGACGACGCUGGGCCAAUUGCGCGCCGCCCCAUGGGUCUCCCAGUCACGGCCGGCUAUGACAGAGCCUGGAUUCGAACUAGGAUCUCUAGUGGCACAGCUAGCACUGCGAUGCAGUGCCUUAGACCACUGCGCCACUCAGGAGACUAUGACGCAGGAAGUACUAUGUCAUAGUACUUAUGAUGCCAACAUUUUAGAAUACCGUACUACCGUUUCAUAUGAUAAUACAACAAUUUUCAGUCCUACCGAUUUAAAUGAUAAAAUGUUUAGAAAGUCAGUUUUGUUUAGAAAUUCAGUUGAAUUUAAGCAACAGCAACACUAGUCUCUUGUACAGUGGGGAAAAAAAGUAUUUAGUCAGCCACCAAUUGUGCAAGUUCUCCCACUUAAAAAGAUGAGAGGCCUGUAAUUUUCAUCAUAGGUACACGUCAACUAUGAAGACAAAAUGAGGAAAAAAUCCAGAAAUCACAUUGUAGGAUUUUUAAUGAAUUAUUGCAAAUUAUGGUGGAAAUAAGUAUUUGGUAAUAACAAAGUUUCCAAUACUUUGUUAUAUACAAAUCAAAUCAAAUCAAAUUUUUUGGUACAGCCGAAUACACAGGUGCGAAUACAGUGAAAUCUUACUUACAGCCCUUAACCAACAGUGCAUUAUUUUAACAAAAAAGUAAGAUAAAACAACACAAAAAGUGUUGAGAAAAAAAAGGCAGAAGUAAAUAAAGGACAGUAGGGAGGCUAUAUAUACAAAGAAAAAGACGUAGGGAGGUAUAUAUACAGGGGGGUACCGUUGCAUUCAAUGUGCGGGGACGGCUAGUUGAGGUGUUGAGGUAAUAUGUACAUGUGGGAGUUAAAGUGACUAUGCAUAAAACUUAACAGAGUGCAGCAGCGUAAAAAGUAUGGGGUGGGGGGGCAGUCAAAUAGUCCGGUAGCCAUGAUUAGCUUUCAGAGUUUAUGGUUUGGGCCAGUUGAUAAGUAUACGUCCUGAAGAAGUCUUUUGCACCUAGACUGUCCUUACACUGGUACAAGGUUGCAGAUGCUAGUAGUUUGAGGUAGUGUUGCACGUAUACGGUCCACGUAAUAUCACGGUACCAAAACGUGAUUUUUUACAUUUUACAUUUUACGUCAUUUAGCAGACGCUCUGUAUCCAGAGCGACUUACAUUAUAUAUGAUUUUUUUUUCAUACCCCCUGUGGGAAUCGAACCCACCAACCCUGGCGUUGCAACAUGCUCUAUCACUGAGCUACAUCCCUGCGGCCAUUCCUCCACUACCCUGGACGACGCUGGGCCAUUGCGCGCCGCCCAUGGUCUCCCAGUCACGGCUGCUAUGACAGAGCCUGGAUUCGAACUAGGAUCUCUGUGGCACAGCUAGCACUGCGAUGCAGUUGCCUUAGACCACUGCGCACUCAGAGACUAUGACGCAGGAAUAGUACUAUGUCAUUUUAGAUCCGUAUUCGUCCUGUUGGAAAUUCGUUGGUUUAACAUUACCUGGUUCAAUAAUAAAAAAUUUUAAUACUUUGUUACUGUUCUCAUCUUAUAUACCCUUUGUUGGCAAUGACACAGGUCAAACGUUUUCUGUAAGUCUUCACAAGGUUUUCACACACUGUUGCUGGUAUUUUGGGCCCAUUCCUCCAUGCAGAUCUCCUCUAGAGCAGUGAUGUUUUGGGGCUGGUCGCUGGGCAACACAGUACUUUCAACUCCCUCCAAAGAUUUUCUAUGGGGUUGAGAUCUGGAGACUGGCUAGGCCACUCCAGGACCUUGAAAUGCUUCUUACAAAGCCACUCCUUCGUUGCCCGGGCGGUGUGUUUGGGAUCAUUGUCAUGCUGAAAGACCCAGCCACGUUUCAUCUUCAAUGCCCUCGCUGAUGGAAGGAGGUUUUCACUCAAAAUCUCACGAUACAUGGCCCCAUUCAUUCUUUCCUUUACACGGAUCAGUUGUCCUGGUCCCUUUGCAGAAAAACAGCCCCAAAGCAUGAUGUUUCCACCCCCAUGCUUCACAGUAGGUAUGGUGUUCUUUGGAUGCAACUCAGCAUUCUUUGUCCUCCAAACACGACGAGUUGAGUUUUUACCAAAAAGUUCUAUUUUGGUUUCAUCUGACCAUAUGACAUUCUCCCAAUCCUCUUCUGGAUCAUCCAGAUGCACUCUAGCAAACUUCAGACGGGCCUGGACAUGUACUGGCUUAAGCAGCGUAGUGUGUUACAGAUGGUAGGCUUUGUUACUUUUGUCCCAGCUCUCUACAGGUCAUUCACUAGGUCCCCCCGUGUGGUUCUUGGAUUUUUGCUCACCGUUCUUGUGAUCAUUUUGACCCCACGGGGUGAGAUCUUACGUGGAGCCCCAGAUCGAGGGAGAUUAUCAGUGGUCUUGUAUGUCUUCCAUUUCCUAAUAAUUGCUCCCACAGUUGAUUUCUUCAAACCAAGCUGCUUACCUAUUGCAGAUUCAGUCUUCCCAGCCUGGUGCAGGUCUACAAUUUUGUUUCUGGUGUCCUUUGACAGCUCUUUGGUCUUGGCCAUAGUGGAGUUUGGAGUGUGACUGUUUGAGGUUGUGGACAGGUGUCUUUUAUACUGAUAACAAGUUCAAACAGGUGCCAUUAAUACUGGUAACGAGUGGAGGACAGAGGAGCCUCUUAAAGAAGAAGUUACAGGUCUGUGAGAGCCAGAAAUCUUGCUUGUUUGUAGGUGACCAAAUACUUAUUUUCCACCAUAAUUUGCAAAUAAAUUCAUAAAAAAUCCUACAAUAUGAUUUUCUGGAUUUCUUUUUCUCAAUUUGUCUGUCAUAGUUGACGUGUACCUAUGAUGAAAAUUACAGGCCUCUCUCAUCUUUUUAAGUGGGAGAACUUGCACAAUUGGUGGCUGACUAAAUACUUUUUUUCCCCACUGUAUGUGCAGGUCCAAUAAUGUCCACUUCACUUUCAUGCACAUAUCACCUGUUGCAGCUGUAAUCAGCCAGCCUCAUCCCCUUCCAGCCAUCACUCACCUGCUUCUUUCCUCUCCGUCCGCUCUUCCUGCGCAUCUAUUCCUCCGUCAGCUUUUUAAAUAUAAUUUAGCUGUGAUGUCGAGGGGGGGAUGCGGACCCUGAUCAGUCUGCUGCUGUUACAUUUCUACGUUUGAUACAUUGGAGCAGCACUCAGAGCGAGCAAAGUUGUCACACAUCAGUGCCAGAGAGUAGAAACAGCUUCACAACAGUCAUGUUUGCAGCUUUACAGCAAAGAAAACAGCUUGUCUCUAGCUGAAACGGUUAAAAGAAUAUGACUCCUAUUACCGGAGCUGUCUUUUUUUCCUUCCUGCGCGCAUUUUAUAUAAUUUUACAAACCAUUCCGCAUGCCGUUUUAAACUAAUCCCAGGCCGCUAAUUAUUGUUUUGAUAACGUUGUUCAGUCAUGUUACCUAGCUAGCUAACAUCCUGGUAACUUGAUAGUACGUUUAGGCUAAUUUGAUUGGCCCAGGAAGAAAGUUAAAGGGUCUGUUAAUCAUGAGAUGUGCCUCAAAGGUAGGAUUCAUAAUCUCUCUCUUUCUGGUGCUCCUUACAUUCUGUUUGGUGCCUAACGUUUUUAAAGUUGGGAGCAGUGUGUACGUGUUUGUGGGAGAGAAAGGGGUGUGUGUGUUUAUGAGGGAGACAGAGAGAGUGUGAGGGAAGGAGUGUGUGUGUGUGUCUUGUCUGUUAACUGAAGAGUAAAGGUUUCAUGCAGUGUUUUCCCCUUACUGCCACAAUGACAUGCAGAUCAUUAUGCAUGUUACAUUUGACAUUUUAGUCAUUUAGCAGAUGCUCUUAUCCAGAGCGACUUACAGUUAGUGAGUGCAUACAUUUUUCAUACUGGCCCCCCGUGGGAAACGAACCCACAACCCUGGCGUUGCAAGCGCCAUGCUCUACCAACUGAGCUAUAGGGGACCUAUAGUAAAUUGGGCCUAGUCUGCAAAGCAUUUAACUGAGAAGGGCUAACAUGGUUUUCGUAGACCCUUGUAAGCCAGCAUACAGCUCUGUUUUUAUUUAAUUUUUACGUGUGGGCAUUAUCAUGCGCCUUACCCUGUAAUGUUUAAACCAGCGUGGCUUUUUUCUACGUGAUUGGAUUCAAGAGGCAGAAAUAUAUUUUCAACGAUUAUUGAACCAAAUCCACAGAAUGCUGUAGAAAUGUGUUUCCCAUCUGACGGGAUAUUUUGAUCCUGUGUUCCCUGCUCGGAGCAUGCCAGAGCUCUUGUGGCAUGUUUUCAUUGUCUGAAGAAAUAUAUGUGAUUCUGAUAAAGGGUUUAGCCAGGAACGAGCCCUGUGAGGCUGCUAUGCUGCUAUCUCUGUAAACUGAUAGGACUGACGGCUCCUGGUAUGGGACAAUUGGAACCAGAUUGAGACUUGACCACUGAGACUUGACCUCUGUGGAGCACUUUGGGAAGGAGUGGGAGGCAUCUUUGGUCAAAUCCUUCACCUUAAUGACUUAGCCCAUAUGCUGUUAGUUUAACAUGAUCACUCAAUUGCUAUUUAUGGUACAUUACGCCAUGCCCUUUGAACCCAAGUGUCUGGAUCUUAUUUUAGCUAGGUUUUGAAUUAUUAAUAUCCCUACAGGUAGGCCUAGGUCUAUCUCCAGUGUGGUUACUGCAUCAGAGGUGUCAGAGGUCGAGUAGCUUUUGCUUUAAAAAAAACAUAAUUGAAUUCAGGCUUCAGGGGGUUUAUUACAGCUAUUUCUAUACCGAUUACAUUUUGUGACUUCGUUUUGUAGGAAAUUUAUUUUUAAACUACAACCCCUGCCAAAUUGAAUUUAACAUGUUUCAAACCACCAUCUCCAGCUCUGAGUUUAUAGCCAUAGUUUAGAAUAACAUCUCCAAACCGAAAAAUAUUAUUCCUCGACAACUCAGGGAAUCAAAGUAAUGACAUUGUUGUCUUUAAAAUAAAUACCCUAUUUUGUGAAGAAACAACUCAACAAAUGAGAAAGCAGUAUGGGUAAAUUCCAGACUGGAAGUGGCCUAUUCAUACUGUAUUAUUAGAGUUUUCACAACUAUUUUAGUAAACCGAGUAAUGUGACUUGAUGCAUAGUUGACUUGAUUUCAUAUACAUCUCACUGCUGAUUUACGGUUGGCCUUUUUGUCAGUAUGUGACACUCCUCUCUUAAGCUCCUGGGUUUCGUUCAAACGGUCUCCAUGAAAAUAAAUGUUUUAUGCUCAAUUUCUUGGGUUAGUAAUCUUUUAUGAACCCCAUGGUGAUUUGAAGAAAAUCCUCUUUGCUCUUUCAACUCCUCAACUGUGAUGAGUAUCUGUUUUAAUGGGUACUACAUGUUGGAGAGGAUGUUUUAUAACUCAAAAUAAAUCUGUAUCCCAUUGCAGAGGAAACACAGGAUUUUGCGUGCACUGUACUCUGUGCCUGCAUCAUUCAGAAUUAUUGAGGAGGUUUCCAAAAAUAAGCUACAGUUUGUGAUGUACUAUAGAAUGUACACACUGUGGUUUGACCUGGAAGUAGAUAACACUAGAGCCACCCUCAGCGGAAAAGCUUUCGUUUAUUUCCGAUCCCACUCAGGCGUUUCUUUUACGCCUGCUAUGUUAGGUUACACUAGAGCCAUCCAAAGGGUGACCGCACAGGGUCUUAACUCAACCCCAUAUCACUGUUGAACUCUCCCAUUUGAAUAACUUCUGUUUGAUGUUUCAGGGAACAAAGACCAUCGAUGCAGAUGAGGACGAGGAAGAGGAUGGCUUGAUCCAGCCUGCUCAAGUCUUUGCACCCAAAAGUCUCAUUCUGGUCUCAAGGCUGGAUUAUCCUGAAAUAUUCCGGGUAACUAAAAUAGGUUCCUUUCAAAAUGUCAGAUGACCAUUCAUAGUGGUCAUUUCAGUUUCUGCAGGUAUAUUUGCGAUCUAUUAUUGACCCGGCCAGAAACAUACUUGGUCCUAUUCAUGAGGUUCAUGACUGUUCACGUUACUUAUCUCUGCCUAAUUAGCGUUGGCAUGAUAAACCGUAGUCAAUGCACUAAUUGCUGCGCUAUCGAUUGUCUCAUGAUAGUGAUAGAAUGCAUCAUGUUGAAUCUUGUGUGCAUAGAAUGAACAUAUUGGCUUUAUAGAGUGAGUUCUGCAUGUACUCAAGGCCAGGAUAUCCAGCCCAUUCCUCACUUAAGAACAGAGUGGGGCUGAGCGGAUCUCUCUUGUCCCUAGGCACUCCACUGGACCACUACGGCGUUCAACUUUGGCUUUCAAAUGUCUCCGACACAUAUUCCUUUAGCAUUUAUUUUUAGCUUUGCUUUGCCCAGGCAUUUGCCAUUGUGCUGUAGGACCCAUAAACCACACAUCUCAGCUGUACAUUAAGAAUAAUACAGAAAAUAGAUGACAAAUUCCCACACACAGUGUCUCUAAUUGUCCAAAACUGUGAUUGUGUGUAUGUAUCUUGCGAUACAUCUGUGUGUGUUUGUGUAUGUGAGUGUGUUGAUUGACCUGGCUGUGUGUCUGUCUCCUCCUGAUCUCCCCAGGGCUGCUUGGGCCUGAUCUACACGGUGUACAUCGACAGCCUGCCGUUCCCCCUGGAGGGGCUGGUUUCCAACCUCUUCACGUGCAUGGUUCCUGUGGCUGGCGGCUCCCAGGUAAGCAGGCAUUACUAAAGCAAAUAAUUCCUCAAAUACCUCCAUCUGAGAGGGCCUGUCUAACCCCCUCUCUGCCCCCCUCUCAACCCCUCUGGCCUGCUCUCCACACACACGAAUCCACCCCAGGGGUCAGUCUGGGUUAAUGUUGCUGCUAGACCCACACAAGGUGCUGAUUACACACCGAUGGCCUAAUGCUUAUUAUAGUUUCAGUCUCCUACAAGUAGAGCGGGAGUGAGGAAGGAAGAAAUGUUUUGGCCCAUGUGAGAGUCUAGAAAAAUGAUUUGCGUUUGCUUUCCAUUCAAUCAUGCAUUCCUCGUCUAGAUGGUGCCAUAGAUUGCUGUACCGCCACGCGCAGAAAUGUCCUCAAAAUACUAUUUUAUUUUUCUAGCUGGUCUUGUGAUGACUUUACUUAGUGAAGCCAGGGUACAAAAAAAAACAGUAGGGGGCAUGUUUUUAUAUUUUCACUUCUCUCUAGGUUAUUAAAACCUUUUUUAAAGGUUAUUAAAACCCACAUCUAAAGCAGUCCUAUAACAAAACCCCUACGCUGGUCUGUAGCCCCUUAAAGUCUAGACAAUGGUGAUCAAUGUGGCUUUAAAAAAAACGGACAAUAUUUCAUCUGUGUUUGUAAAGGGGAAGGAAUGUGGCCCAUGAUGAAGUUCACAUUCAGAACCUUGGGGUAAUUUAGUGUUUUUUAUGUAAUUUACCAACACAUGUCAGUGUUCCUCCUCAAACGAUCGCCAAGUGCUUUAGGCUGUAGUGACACAACAAGAGUUAGAAACCUAACUCAUCCUUCAACAGACUGUCAAACAUGAAGGAAUGUCAUGAAUCAGGGGACAGAGAGUUGUUCUCUAGCUGGUUCAAACUCAGUUGAAAAUAACAGAAAGGCUAUGCUCCCAAUUACUACCUUUAUUGACAAAAUUUCGAUCCACAAGGAUCUUCGUCAGGUCAAAAGCCAAACUCCAUUGAACCACUGUCUGUACCUCUGUCAUGUUCAACAUUGGUUUAACUGAAUUAGACGCAGUGAUUGUGUUCACGUCAACACACACCGAUUCAACUGUACGCUUACUUCUGGACCCUCAGCCACAUUGAAUAUAGGGACGGACAUGGUUAACAUGCAAUUGAGGUUUCUCCCAUUGCAGCCGGACUGAUUCAAAAGGCUAAUUCAGUCAUGCAGCUGCGAUGUCCAUCUGGUUCAACAACACGUGUUUUAUUCAUUUUCUGGGAGAUCGUCAAAAAAACACUCACACAGUGGAUCCCUUAACUGCCAUUGUACUGUCAUUUCUCCCUUGCCUAUAUGACCUUUGGCCUUGUACGGAGGUACAGUCUUGUUCAGUUUCCUAAUGAUAUAUACAGUACCAUGACAACAGAGGCAUGAUGUCUGUUAAAAACAUUUUCCAUCUCUGAAACUGUUGUACGGUCUUGUCUAGUUCUAAGAUAGAUCCAUCCAAUGGUUUUGGAUAUAACCUAUAACUUUUCACUUUUGUGUUUUUUGUGAUUUUCCCACAGAAACUGUUUUCCCUGGGAGCUGGCGACCGACAGCUAAUCCAAACCCCUCUGAAUGACAACCUGCCUGUUACAUGCAAGAGUGUGGCCAUGCUCUUCCAGCAGCUUGGUAUGUCACUGGGCUUCUGCUUCCUCAUUACUACACUACAGUACAACCAGUCAAUCCCAAACUCAAUGAACUCGACUCCACUUUAUGGCACCAUCAUGUUCCCGACGUUAUUUAAAGUCUUGUUUGCAUCGGGUCUACUUAGCUGCAGUACAGUUAGCCCUAUGCUGCUCUGCCUGUUGGUCACAUACAGUCACAGUAUACACAACUCCCAUUGUAAUUUAGCUUGUGCUUCCUAGCAACAUGCUUACGCGGGCGGCUCAAAUAACCUGACAGCUGAAUACUAACUGUAGUGCCAGAAAUUAGGAAUAUCCCUCUUAAUCAUAUUGUUUGCAUCAUUUUCUUAGUUUUUUUUUAGUAAGUAGCUUAGUUGUAUGACAGGUUAUCCGGUCUUGAUCCUUGAUGGUAUUAAACAUUUUUAGGUUCAACUCCAACAUUAAGAGGUUUAGAGCUACUAACGCGGAUGAUCACAUGGUUAUGAAUAAAGCAUCUGUCCAAAUCACAAUUUUAAACUCUCAAAUUGAAUAGCCACUAAGCAGUUGGAUUAAUGCUGUAGAAAUGAACAGUGAAGACAGUGCUUACCAAGAAGACAGUGAAUGUUCCUGAGUGGCCGAGUUACAGUUUUGACUUAAAUCUGCUUGAAAGUUGAUGGCAAGACCUGAAAAUGGUUGUCUGGCAAUGAUCAACAACCAAUUUGACAUAGCUAGAAGAAUUUUGAAAAGAAUAAUGGGCAAAUGUUGCACAAUCCAGGUGUGGAAAUCUCUUAGACACUUACCCAGAAGGACUCAGUUGUAAUCGCUGCCAAAGGUGACUGAGUGGUUUGAAAACAUAUGUAAAUGAGAUACUUCUGUUUAAUUUUUCAUAAAUUCUAACAUUUGUAAAAAAAUAUAUAAAAAAUAAAUAAAUAAAGAAUCUUCCACUUUGAAAUUACAGAGCAUUUUGUGGAGCUCGUUGACAAACAAUUAUAAUUAAAUCAAUUUUAAUCCCACUUUGUAACAACAAUGUGGAAAAAGUCAAGAGGUGUGAAUAUUUUUCUCAAGGCACUGUAUGUAUACUCCUUUACUAGGAUGUAUGUAGUCUGUUUUGCAUUCUUGUACACAGGACGUUGCUUUGCUGUGGUUUGGUGGCUUCACAUUACCAUACAUUGUCCAAAAUUCCUGCUCACUUCAUUUGUGCGUACACUGGUCUCAAGUAUGUGGUUUUAUCAGGUCCUUAAUACACUCAAAUCACCGCAGCAGUCAAGUCUACAUUCCAUGGGCCGAUGUUGGGGGCGAGUUAGUAAAUAAGUGAAAUCCAAUCAAAUGUUUCUGAUGCUUUCUUUUAUUUGUAAUGGAAAAUAGGCCCUCAUUUAGUGUGAUUAGAAGAAUGUGUUACAAAACGAAAUGGAUUAUGUUUCUUGUAAGCAUUAGGCCCUGAACCCCUUGAGGAAUUCAAUAAUAGUUUGCAUGCUCCUUUGUGUUUAUUUGGACAGCGAGCAGUGGACGUGCACACGGGGGGGUACUUUACCGAUACACAAAUGAUCAGGGUCAUGUGUUUGUAGCCAAUCUGGAUAUACACAGAGAUGGAGGAAGAGAAAUGGCCUGUACCUUGACAUUAUCCUCAGCCAUGGUUUGUGUCAGUCCUCACCAACUUUGUUUUUGUUACCAAAUACUGCACGUUAUCCAGGGAACAGUCCACAAAGCUAAUAAAACGGACCCGAUUCAUAUGUCUCUCUCUAAAUUGUACAUUCCAAAGUGUAGAAUUUACCCGGAGCUUGAUAGAGGAUAGGUCUAAACUCCUCUGGUCUAGACAGCUGUUUUUGGAGUCACAGGAGGAGAUGGGGCUUGUUACUGUGCAGCUCAGUCCAACCAUCAGGAGGAAUGUCUCUGUGUGUUGUGAUGUGUCCAGUCCUCCCUAAGCUGGAUCUGAAGAUGGCCCCUGGCCCUGACAGAUGAUGAUAGGCAGACAGAGAGGGCUGGGCUCCUCACACCACUGCUGUUUGCUUACAGUACCCUUGAACAGGACUGCCUGUAACUCUUAAGAGAUACUCUCUUUCAUGUCCUUGGGCUACAGGUGAUGUGACUGAUGUCCUGUAAGAACUGAUCAGUACUGCAUGAUAUCAUAUGGAGGAUAGGCAUUCCAACAGCUCCAGAAACGAUCAGAUCAUGCGUCUCGUGUAAACGAAGCCCUUGCAUCUCCCAUCCAUCACUGCUGUUAUACAAUGCAAACUGAGAGUAUGUUCUGAGUGCAUAAUCAGUGUUUCCCAUAUAUUAAUUUAGCAGGGGCGGGCCGCUGCUGCUAAUUUGUUGCCGCCACGUUUAAAAAAAAAAAAUCUCUGCCGAGACGCACUUUUAAGGUCAGAGUGACAAGUUACAAUGUUUAUUUGUACCAAGUAGCAUUGGAUGCAUUUAGUCUUUUGAGGUUUUGCAAUUAAGUAAAUACAGAUUGCAACCCCAUGCUUCAGGCUAUUUAUUUAAAGGGGUAGUGCAGUUGAAAACAUAAUUAUCCUUUAAAAAAAAAUAUAUCCACACUAUGAGGUCGAAAUAACACUCUGAAAUGGUGAAAAUGAUGAUAAUGGCCUUUUGUGUAAGAGCUGUUUGGGGGAAAAUGUCCUGGAUUUCAGCAUGUUCAGGUGGGAUGGAACUUUUGGCCUACAUGAUUACGUCACAGUGUGGUCUGAUUAUAAUAGACCAAUGACUGUUCAUCUAGGUAAGGGGGUAGGAUCUAGACCAUCAGGGCUGUGUAUGUUAAUACAGUAUCUUCAAAUUUGUUUCCUAACGUCCACACGAUCAGACUGAGCAUUUCAAGGGCCAAAGGAGACUCAUGCGGUGAUGAUUUUAAAAUACAAUUACAAAGACUGCAUGAGGGCGUUAAAGCCACUAUGCUGCAUUAGUUGAGCAGGUUAUUUUCAUCAAUGUUUUUCUAGAAUGUCCUUUCAAAAAGUCAAGUCAAGUGACCUUCUCACAUUCAUUCUACCUUUGCCACCGCUGCUGAAAAAAAUUGUAGGGGAAAUACUGCAAGUGUUUGAGUAUCGUGACAAUGCAACCGCUGCACAGCCCAAGGUCGGAUCAUAUGUCAGAACAUGUUCUCUCAUUACUUGUAUUCCAUGAAUCAGCAACAGAUUUGCUCUCCAUGUUGGCUGGGCUGUGUCCUCUUCCACCUCUGGUUGGAGGGUCUAUUUAAAGCCAUGUGUUUGUGUAACAUUAUUUAGGGUCGGAAAUGUGUUGCUGUUUCCAAUAGAUAUGUAAACACCUGAAGGACACUAAACGAGCCAGGCAGCUUACCUCAGGACGCCAUUAUGAAACCUAAUCGACUGCCAAGCGCAAAAAUGCCAGAUUAAUCACCUCAGACCUAUGCACUUCCACAGAGGAAGUCAUGUUGAGGUGACAGAGAAUGAGCCAAGUGACCAGCCUGUGUCGCUUUGAGAGAUCCAGGUAUUCAGUCAACAACGGAACAGACAAUGUCUAUGUUCAUGUUCCGGUUCCUGUUUAUCAUCAGGGCCUAUCUGAGCUGGAGGCAGACACAGAAUCAGUGACCUCAGUUUGUUAGGGACUGCGGAUAUGUCUGCCACUGUUCUGUUGUCUUAAUCUCUGUAAUGUGUGAUGGAUGGGUCUACCACUAGGUUGAUAGGAAACAAUAACAGGAACUGUAAACUUGAGAAUUUGUCUUGACUGUCAUAUUGGUAUUUGACUGAUUAUUUAUAUAGUCUCAUAACGUGUCAUUUUCUCUGGCUAUUUUUGAGAUUGUAUUUUCCUUAUCAUUAAUGAUAUACACUGAGUGUACAAAACAUUAGGAACACCCUUUUGCCCUCAGAACAGCCUCAAUUCGUCGGUGCAUGGACUCCACAAGGUGUCGAAAGCGCUCCAAAGGGAUGCUGGCCCAUGUUGACUCCAAUGUUUCUGUCAAGUUGGCUGGAUGUCUUUUGGGUGGUGGACCAUUCUUGAUACACACAGGAAACUGUUGAGUGUGAAAAACCCAGCAGCAUUGUAGUUCUUAACACACUCAAACAGGUGCACCUGGCUCCUACUACCAUACGCCAUUCAAAGGCACUUAAAUCUUUUGUCUUUCCCAUUCAUCCUCUGAAUGGCACACAUACACAAUCUAUGUCUCAAGCCUUAAAAAUCCUUAUUUAACCUGUCUCUUCCCCUUCAUCUACACAGAUUGAAGUGGAUUUAACAAGUGACAUCAAUAAGGAGUCAUAGCUUUCACCUGGAUUCGCCUGGUCAGUCUGUCAAGGAAAGAGCAGAUGCUCCUAGUGUUUUGUACACUCAGUGUAUAAUGUACACUGUACUGUUUGGUAGCUGAAAUUGCAUUGUUUUUCCACCUGUUAUCCCUGUGGACAAAGAAUAACAUUGUUUUCUCAGCUAUUUGUUCGUGAUUAGUCAGAAUGUAAUAGUGUAUAAUAUACUGUCAGUAAAGGGAGGGAGAGGUUUUCAAAAUGUUGUGAUACAUGUACUUUGGUUUUCAUACAGUAUGUCUCUGCAAAACAGAUCUUUCCUCCCAAUUAUUUCAACAAACAGCUAGUCACAUAGAAUAUGUGGUGUUAUCAAUCAUUCUAUCACCCCAAAUAAAUAUAAUUUACUCAAUGUUGUUUGCUCAGCUUAGAAAUAAAAUCCACCCCCAACAGUAUGUUUUUGUUUUAUCUAUUGUCCAACCGAAUACCUCAUUAAUUACACAUUCUCUCUACUUUCUUCUGCUAGGAAUCCAGAAUGUUCUGAGUCUUUUCUGUGCGGUUCUGACCGAACACAAGGUUUUGUUCCAUUCCACGAGUUACCAGAGACUAGGGGAGGCAUCGCGUGCUCUGGAGGCCCUCAUGUUCCCCCUCAAAUACAGGUACGUGAUUGGUCCGUUGUUCUCCACAUUCCCCAAUCAGUCUCCAUUACACCUCGGCUAUUGACAUGACUUGUCUUGCACCAAGUGUGACUUGACUGAUAAUGUUUAUUUUUAAUGUUUCUUAUUAUCGUUAUUUGUUUCUUUCUCAGUAAAAUUCUUUCACUUAGGCUGGCUUUGAUUAUGAGUCCAUUGAAAGUUCUAACAUUUUAAGAUGUUCGUGUCAAUUGCGUUGCCAACUGACUUUCUGUGACAAAACAAAACAACAUUCCAAAAUGGUCUUGGUUAUCUUUUCUCAUAUGUCUUUAAGAUGAAUACACUUACUGUAAAUCGCUCUGGAUUAGAGCGUCUGCUAAAUGACUCAAAUGUAAAUGUACUUGAAAGAUUAUUCUCUGGUUUACUGAACACCAAAAUGGUCACUUUGAGCACAACAGUUUGAUGUAGAAUUUGACCUGGCAAUUGUUGUGUGUGUUUACUCACUGUCGUCUCCUGUUUGAAACUCAGUUACCCAUACAUCCCCAUCCUGCCGUCACGGCUGCUAGAGGUGCUGAGCUCACCCACCCCCUUCAUCAUCGGGGUCCACUCCAUGUUCCAGAGCGAGAUCCAAGAACUGGUGAGUGAUCUUUAGCACCUUCUCCAGACGUUAACUGCCUCUGACCCUGACUCAACAUGUACAGUACACCAGGGAUAACAACAUACCUUUAUUUAAGCUGAUUCCUUGAAAGCUUGCCCAAUGUAACCAGUUGCCUAUGAAUCAUGUAGCCUUAUUAUAUAUUUCAGUCAUUGUACAUUAAGGGAAUGUUAUGCUGAGCUGACAUUCCUUACGCUGGGAAGUGUAGAUUGAUGCGGCCUCCUGAGUCCCUUAGUCUCAGGGAGUUGUGACUCAUCCACUGUGUUGGCCAAGUGCCUGUUUCAGCCGGUUUCGGCCUUAGUUUCUCUUAUAUGCUCUGUCAUAGUAAUGUAGAAUGUGCUCUACAGCUAAACUAGGAAUCUAACUAAUUCGAAAGGAUUGUUUAGUGGUGUGUAUUGUCUGUCUUACAGUUGGACGUUAUCAUAGCUGAUCUGGAUGGAGGAACCAUAAAGAUUCCAGAGUGCAUCCACCUGUCCCAGCUCCCUGAACCACUGUUACACACCACACAGUCUGCCCUGUCUCUGGUACGUACCUGUUACACCACACAGACUGCCCCGUCUCUGGUACGUACCUGUUACACCACACAGACUGCCCCGUCUCUGGUACGUACCUGUUACACCACACAGACUGCCAUGUCUAUGGUAGGUACCUGUUACACCACACAGACUGCCCCGUCUCUGGUACGUACCUGUUACACCACACAGACUGCCCCGUCUCUGGUACGUACCUGUUACACCACACAGACUGCCCGGUCUCUGGUAGGUACCUGUUACACCACACAGACUGCCAUGUCUAUGGUAGGUACCCAGCAUACACCACAGCCUCUGUCUGUAAAGGCUGAAUGCUCACCCUUGGAAGUCACAGAUGCCAAUUAGACAUUUCACAUUAGAUCAUAAUGAGAAUGUGGUUUGUUGCAAACAGCUGUAUAAUUGUAUGUCCUUAUGUAACUAGUCUAGUUAUUGUAAUGGAUAUUUGUUUAUGUAAUCUGAACAAUAAAAGUGUACUGAGGAACGAACAAAAUAAUAAGUCAAGACUAAGAGGCAUUUGUAUUAUUUUCAGGUUUUGCAUCCUGAUCUGGAGAUAGCUGACAAUGCCUUCCUACCCCCUCGCACAGCCCCCUCCAAUCUCAAACUGUUGGUAAGGCACCAUCAUUCCAGUAAACACAGUGUCUUCACCCUUAACCCCUGGCCAUGUCUCAAUGUAAUAAAUGGAGUCUCUUCCCAAAACAUCAUGUGUUUGUGAAAUGAGGGGGACACCACUGCUCUGAGAUAUCUCCUAUAGCACACUUGUCUCUUGUCCGACCUAUGAAUAGCACAAGAAUGUGAACUUUAGUGGGGGUUUCGAUUUCUUCAGACGGUAGAAUAAUCAUGUUAAGAUGUGAACUUGACUGAAUAAACAAGGUGGUAUUCAUGGCAUGUUUGUGAGGUGACUCUCCCCUCUCUCCCUUGUGUUUCAGGAUAAGGAGGUGAGAGCCGUGUUCCUCAGGCUGUUUGCACAACUCUUCCAGGGCUACAGGUCCUGCCUGCAGCUUAUCCGCAUCCAUUCCGAACCUGUUAUCCACUUUCACAAGGUGAGAUCAAUGCACUUCCGUUCAACUCAAUCUGGGUGGGUCAAAAAUUCUAUUGCCAAUUGAAGCCAUGAUGAUGACACACUUUUGUCACCCAUGCUGUUGUAAUCCAGUAAAAUAUCUCAUUUCACUGAUCACUGCAAUGUAGAUGGUUACCUUUCUUUUUCAAUUUGUUUGUCCCCAUUAACAUUUAAUAGGUGGAGUGCUAUCAAUUAAUGUGCUGUAACAAAGGCCCUGCAGGCUGAAGUUUAUCCCUUGUUCUCACAACCUGUAAAAUAAUGUUUGGAGAGAAACCAAGAACAAGAGGAUAAUCUCCUAUCCUGUCUUGUCCUGUCUGAUAAAGCUGUUUGGAGGUGUUUUGUUUUAGUGUGUGUGUUUUUUUGAUGCGCUUUAGUGACUGACUGUAUGACUCUUCACCAUGGCUAUCUGCUUGUUUGUGUUAUGUGCUGUCAGCCUUGGCCAAUGGCCUCGCGAUGAGCCAUAUGAAAUGUAUCAAAUCAAAAAUAUCAAAAAUAGCUGGGUUUGUAUUUGUUUGUGUCUGCGGCGUCUCCGUGGUAACCUCCCAGCACGUCCCUCUCAAAGUACCCCACAUGGCUCGGAUUAUGGGCCAGGAAUUCUACAGAAGCUCACCACUUUUUUACGGAGAGGCGUAGACUAGGGAGACCAGAAAAACUGCCCCCAUUUCUAUCUCUGUCACCCACUAGCACGAAGCACAAGCCUAAUUCAGCAGAUAAAGCUUGCUUUUCUUUGCAUAUAGUCAACUUCAGUCAUUUGUUUCACUUUUGUGACUGGGUUCAUUGUGAAAAGGGAAGAGAAGCUACUCCGAUAAGGAAAGUAAAGCUGUUACAGUCCUAAACCUACAUCUUUAUGUACCUACCAUUUAUUUAACCUUUGACCCUGUCCCCCUACAGACUGCCUUCCUGGGCCAGAGAGGCCUGAUCGAGAACGACUUCUUGACCAAGGUUCUGGAUGGCAUGGCCUUCGCUGGCUUCGUGUCCGAGAGGGGUCCGCCUUACAGAGCCUGUGAUCUCUUUGAUGAGGUACUGUCCAGCAUGGCUACUGUAACCAGACUCAUUUCACUGUUGUGUAUGAAACUGGGCUUGUCGAGAGAUUUUAUCGUUUGGGAACAGCUUGACUGACUUAUUGUUGGUUCUGUAGCUGGUGGCCUUUGACAUGGAGCGCUUUAAGGAGGAGGAGGCCAGCCCUGCCAAGCUGCAGAAGCACAUGAGGGAACUCUCUGAACAGCUGCACAAAAAUGUGAGUUAACAUCACUCAGCCGCUGGGCCUGUAUAGUAUAGUGUUCAUACAGUGGGGAAAAAAAGUAUUUAGUCAGCCACCAAUUGUGCAAGUUCUCCCACUUAAAAAGAUGAGAGAGGCCUGUAAUUUUCAUCAUAGGUACACGUCAACUAUGACAGACAAAAUGAGAAAAAAAAAUCCAGAAAAUCACAUUGUAGGAUUUUUAAUGAAUUUAUUGGCAAAUGAUGGUGGAAAAUAAGUAUUUGGUCAAUAACAAAAGUUUCUCUACUUUGUUAUAUACCCUUUGUUGGCAAUGACACAGGUCAAACGUUUUCUGUAAGUCUUCACAAGGUUUUCACACACUGUUGCUUGUAUUUUGGCCCAUUCCUCCAUGCAGAUCUCCUCUAGAGCAGUGAUGUUUUGGGGCUGUCGCUGGGCAACACAGACUUUCAACUCCCUCCAAAGAUUUUCUAUGGGGUUGAGAUCUGGAGACUGGCUAGGCCACUCCAGGACCUUGAAAUGCUUCUUACGAAGCCACUCCUUCGUUGCCCGGGCGGUGUGUUUGGGAUCAUUGUCAUGCUGAAAGACCCAGCCACGUUUCAUCUUCAAUGCCCUUGCUGAUGGAAGGAGGUUUUCACUCAAAAUCUCACGAUACAUGGCCCCAUUCAUUCUUUCCUUUACACGGAUCAGUCGUCCUGGUCCCUUUGCAGAAAAACAGCCCAAAAGCAUGAUGUUUCCACCCCCAUGCUUCACAGUAGGUAUGGUGUUCUUUGGAUGCAACUCAGCAUUCUUUGUCCUCCAAACAUGACGAGUUGAGUUUUUACCAAAAAGUUAUAUUUUGGUUUCAUCUGACCAUAUGACAUUCUCCCAAUCCUCUUCUGGAUCAUCCAAAUGCACUUCAGACGGGCCUGGACAUGUACUGGCUUAAGCAGGGGGACACGUCUCGCACUGCAGGAUUUGAGUCCCUGGUGGCGUAGUGUGUUACUGAUGGUAGGCUUUGUUACUUUGGUCCCAGCUCUCUGCAGGUCAUUCACUAGGUCCCCCCGUGUGGUUCUGGGAUUUUUGCUCACCGUUCUUGUGAUCAUUUUGACCCCACGGGGUGAGAUCUUGCGUGGAGCCCCAGAUUGAGGGAGAUUAUCAAUGGUCUUGUAUGUCUUCCAUUUCCUAAUAAUUGCUCCCACAGUUGAUUUCUUCAAACCAAGCUGCUUACCUAUUGCAGAUUCAGUCUUCCCAGCCUGGUGCAAGUCUACAAUUUUGUUUCUGGUGUCCUUUGACAGCUCUUUGGUCUUGGCCAAUUAGGCACUUUCUGUACUCUUUAGUGUUAUAGGAUGUCCUAUGGCCGUCACAGAUGUUGAUGGUGUUGUGCGUGUCUGUAUAUUUUAUUAUUGAAUGGUCCAUUCCAGGAGAAUCCCAACCCCCACAUGGCAUUCCAGAAAGUGCCUCGGCCCACAGAGGGCUCCCACCUGCGGGUGCACGUGGUGCCCUUCCCCCUGCUGGAUGAUGAGAAGGUGGAGAGGCUGCUGGCGGAGGGCCUGGCCAAGCAUCCCAGUGCCCCUGCCAUCACUAACACCACCCGCGCAGAGAGGAAGUGUGUGGUGCCCGCCGGCCCCCCCAUGGGUACGUGAGACACAAACAUCAGCUCUACUCCAUGCCUGCUCCUGUGUGAGACUAAUGGCUUGGCAGGAGUCUAUAAUGUGUUAAUAGCUGUUAGUAAUUAGUUGCUGAGUAUUGAAUUGUGUUUGUUCUAGUGUUGCUAGUAUUUCUACCACUCUUCUAUUCCUAACCUGCUCGCCCUCAUCUCUCAUCUGUGCAGUGUCCAUCAUGGGGAAUAUGGGCUCAGUGUUCAACAGCGCUCGCAGGCUGGAGGUGGUGAGGAGCUGCAUCGCCUUCAUCUUCCACAACAAGACCCAGGAGACAGAGAAGGUGACGCCCUAAUCCCUGUCUCUCAGCACAGUGUAAUCAGCCUCGUCUGUAAUGGCCCAGACAUCCAUCCCUCCGAUUACAGCAGGCAGGCAACCGUGUGUGUCUGUCUGGAGUUAGCACUCUCAACAUCAUCAGGCUAAUUAUACCUCCCAGCUGGGAGAAAUGACCACACUGGAGACAGAUAAUCAAACACUUAGACUAACCUCAUAAUCUCCUCGUUAUCAGCAGAAAUAACCCGAUUGUUUUAACACCGAGGUUAAUGGCAUAGCUGUUUUGCUUUCUGUUUUCCCGUAAAGCAUUUACACAUAAAUGAUGCUCUUUGAUUUCCCGGCACCGUGGCACCCCCUAUAGGAGAGCCUAUAGGAACAUUGAUGGGGUGUCCCAUAUGUACUGUAUGAAAUGGGACGGGAGCCAGUUCCUUUAUGCCUGCACCACUGGCUGUAAUAAGCAGGUUAUAUAAGGCAGACGUGCAUCCCUGUGUCGGUAGAGGAACACCGGGUACUCCAGCUAUAGCCCCCCCCCCCCCCCCCCCCCCCCGAGCCUAUAAACCCUUCACCUCAAUAUACAUUAUACAGCCAAUGUGAAAACCAUUACCCAGACGCAUGGCCAUCGCAUCUUUCCUCUUAGUUUGACAUUAGUAUAAAAUGUGUCGGAUUAAUAUUUCCCAGAGGUCAACAAUUCACUGUCUGGACUGGUAAUAUUGUAGCUGAUAUUGUACCUGUUCCUGAGCUCCUGCAGCGCUACUAGCUUGGAACUGCUUGGUUCUACAAUUCAGGGACGUAACGUUCUGAGAAGUUAAAUCAAUUCGCAGAUUAUUAUCCCCACUGUUUUUGUUCAUGAAUGUUGUGGUGUGCCUUAUGGUAUUUGUGUUAAAGACAGGCUCUGUGUCUGCUGUGCUGUGUCCCCAGACCCUGCCGGCUGCGCUGCGUGCUCUGAAAGGCAAGGCGGCUCGCCAGUGUCUGACUGAGGAGCUCAGUCUGCAUGUCCAGCAGAACCGGGCCAUACUGGACCACCAACAGUUUGACUACGUCAUCCGCAUGAUGAACUGUGCCCUCCAG